CAGCAGCAGAGGCAGAUCGCCCGUCGCAUAACUGUUUCGUUCGUAAAAUCAGCCGGUCGGUAGUAAAAUAGUCCCGUGUUUUGUGAUUAAUAGACAACGUUAUCAAAUUCGUGUCACUGUUCAGCUGCAGCAUCGUUAAUCACGCGGAAUAAUUGCAGUUGAUUUCUCCUUGUGCAAAAAUGGCCUGUUCCAAAACGUUCCAGGGCUCAGCGGUCCUGCUGAGAAAUUCGGCUGUCUUCAAUGGUUGCAUCAGUAAAAGGGCUAGCUCAUGGUGGGGUGCCGUACAGAUGGGUCCCCCGGACGUGAUCCUCGGUGUGACCGAAGCCUACAAAAAGGACACCAACCCGAAAAAGAUCAACCUCGGCGUGGGUGCCUACCGGGAUGACAGCGGCAAACCAUUCGUGCUUCCCAGCGUCCACAAGGCCGAGAAACGGUUGAUGGACAAACAGCUGGACAAGGAAUAUUCGCCCAUCAGCGGAACGGCCGACUUCUGCAAGCACAGUAUUACCCUAGCGCUGGGCGAGGACAGCCAACACGUGGCCGCCGGACAGAAUGCCACGGUGCAGGCCAUCAGUGGAACCGGGGCCCUGCGGGUCGGAGGAGCCUUCCUGAAUGGGUUCUUCCCGGGAACGAAGGAUAUCUAUCUGCCAACGCCAUCCUGGGGUAACCACGGUCCAAUCUUCCGCCAUUCGGGCCUGAACGUAAAAGCCUACCGGUACUACGACCCAAGCACUUGCGGAUUCGACUUCAAGGGAGCUUUGGAGGAUCUAUCGAAAAUUCCAGAGCGAUCCAUUGUCCUCUUGCACGCCUGCGCCCACAACCCAACCGGUGUCGACCCCAGGCCGGAGCAAUGGGCCGAAAUGUCUGCCGUUAUCAAAAAACGUAAUCUGUUCCCGUUCUUCGACAUGGCCUACCAGGGCUUUGCCAGCGGAGAUGUCGCCAAGGAUGCGCUGGCUGUGCGUGCCUUCCUGAAGGAUGGACACCAGAUUGCACUGGCCCAGAGUUACGCCAAGAAUAUGGGCCUGUAUGGAGAACGAGCGGGAGCAUUUUCGUUGAUUUGUGCCGACAAGGAGGAAGCCGCUCGCACCAUGUCCCAGAUCAAGAUCCUGAUCCGUCCGAUGUAUUCCAACCCGCCUAUCCAUGGAGCCCGCUUGGUGACGGAAAUUUUGGGCGACGCCAGCCUGAAGCAGGAAUGGCUCGGCGAUGUCAAACUGAUGGCCGACAGGAUCAUCUCGGUGCGCAGCAAAUUGCAGGACAAUCUGAAGAAGCUGGGCUCUUCGCGCAACUGGCAACAUAUCACCGACCAGAUCGGCAUGUUCUGCUUCACCGGAAUGGAUCAGCAGCAAUGCGAACGGUUGACCAAAGAAUUCAGCGUGUACUUGACCAAGGACGGUCGCAUCUCGAUGGCCGGCGUUACUACGAAGAACGUCGACUACCUGGCCGAGGCCAUUCACGCCGUGACCAAGUAAUCGAGUACGUUGAAAUAGCAUUUAGGCCUUUAAGCCGCUCCUUUCUUUGUUGGACAAGGAAGUUAGGAAUGGCACUCAUUUAGAUGGAGGCAUUUAAAACCAAAUUUCAAUCACAAAGUCUGUGGCAGAGCUUUUCCGUUACUUUAUUUUCGAUCAAUGAAGCCGUACGUUAUAUUUAUAUAUUUACUACGAUUAAAAGUGCACGAACACGAUAAAAAAAGAAUUCUUUUGGUGUAUUUACAUGAUAUUCCUCAAGCAAAUCACUAUUCGGUUGCAGCAACUCUUUAGAUGAUAGAAAAUAAACAUCAUUUUGAAACAAUGAAUAA